AAAACCUACUAUAUAUAUUCUCAAAACUCUCGUCUCUCUCUCUCUCUCUCUCUCUCCCCACAUUACAUUCUCUAUCACUUGCUCUUUCUAAACUGUUCGAACACUUGAAGCCAAUCAAUGGCUUUGCCCAAUCAGCAAACUGUUGAUUAUCCGAGUUUCAAACUUGUAAUUGUUGGUGAUGGUGGAACAGGUAAAACCACAUUUGUGAAGAGGCAUCUUACUGGUGAAUUUGAGAAGAAAUACGAACCCACUAUUGGGGUGGAAGUCCAUCCUUUGGAUUUCUUCACAAACUGCGGGAAAAUUCGGUUUUAUUGCUGGGACACAGCUGGGCAGGAAAAAUUUGGUGGCCUUAGGGAUGGUUACUACAUACAUGGCCAAUGUGCCAUCAUCAUGUUUGAUGUUACUGCCCGAUUGACAUACAAGAAUGUUCCAACGUGGCACCGGGAUCUUUGCCGGGUGUGUGAGAAUAUCCCAAUUGUACUUUGUGGAAACAAAGUUGAUGUGAAGAAUCGGCAAGUGAAAGCAAAGCAGGUUACCUUCCACAGGAAAAAGAAUUUGCAGUACUAUGAGAUAUCUGCAAAGAGCAAUUACAAUUUUGAGAAGCCUUUCCUGUAUCUUGCCAGAAAACUUGCAGGGGAUCCAAAUUUGCAUUUUGUGGAGUCUCCUGCCCUUGCUCCUCCAGAAGUGCACAUUGAUAUGGCUGCACAGCAACAGCAUGAAGCUGAGCUUGCUGCAGCUGCGAGUCAGCCUCUUCCUGAUGACGAUGACGAUGCGUUCGAGUAGAUCGGUCUUUUUUGUUGAAGAAUUGUGUCAUAGUUGUCUCAGUUUCUUUGUUAUGCAUUGAUGUAACUGUUUUUUUCCCCUUUAAGUUUGGUGUAAAAGAAUUUCCGACCAUGACUUUCUUAUGAUGAAUUUGUGCUGAUUCCCCCCUUCCCUUUUUUUCAAUUGAGGAUUUCUGAUUUUAUGAUGGA